GUUUACUUCUGUUGCAUGAUUUCAUGUACUGUUAAUCGAUAUUCCAAAGCCAUGUCUGAAGUCAACAUUCCUAUAGUUGAUCAGAGCGAGAUAGAACUAGAGAACCUUCCAAUAGGUAGAGGAGGGUAUGGAACUGUGUACAGAGGGAAGCACAGGCAGUUUGGUCAUGUUGCAGUAAAAACCUUGAUAAACAAUGGGCAAUUGCCAAAAAAGCAUUUAGAUGUGCUGCAAGCAGAGGCAAAGAAGUUAAUGGAGUUCUGUGAACAUGAUGGUAUCCUUCACUUAUAUGGCCUGAUAAUGCAGAGAGACAAUUACUCCCUUAUUCUAGAGUAUAUGCCCCUCGGAAGUCUUAUUGAUUUCCGUAAGCAAUUCUCCCCCCAGUUCCCUCUGUAUGUGAGGUUUCUGAUGGAGGUCUCAUCCGCCAUGGAUUUCCUUCAUUCUCGCAUUCCCACCAUUCUUCACCUGGAUCUAAAGGCAGACAAUAUUUUGCUGGAUGGUGAUAUGCAUGCUAAGGUGUCUGACUUUGGUUUAUCUGAAUGGAAAACUGUGACAAUGACAGCCACCAGACGAACGGACCAAUCAGACUCCAGUGGGCGUCGCUGCACAGUGUCACAUGUUCCUCCGGAGGUGUGGAGCAAUAUAAACACACCUUCAGACAGGUUCUAUGACAUCUACAGCUUUGCAAUCUGUGUCUGGGAGAUGUUGACAGGAGCUGUUCCAUAUGGAAAUGCAAGAGAUGACUUGAUUCGCUCAGCAGUUCUAAGUGGACAGCGACCUGACUUCAGUCUUAUACCUACUGGCUGUCCUCCAUUUCUGACAAAAUUAAUGACCAGGUGCUGGCACCAAAAACCUACACAGAGACCAUCGUUUGGAACAUUGAAGAAAGAAAUUGAGGAACAAUAUAAUAAGGAAUUCAAACGUGACAUAAUUACAGCACUGAAAAAUGUUAGGAGAGAAAUAAAGGAAUCUUUUACCCCAGAUAACCUAAUUUACAUCUACACUAAUCACAUUGAUCAUAUAAAUGAACCACAACCUGCUCAGAACACUUCUCCAAAGCAGCAAGGUUCAGAUCAAAGUUCAUCAGCUUCAACAAGUAGAUCUGCUUCCACAAGUACACAUGAACAGUCCAUCUCUCAAGGCCCUCAGACACCAGAAGUCAUGGAAACUGAAGAUGAGGGACCAGUACAAUCAGUGUUGUUUAAAAAAGAAUUGGAGAUGUCAAGUGCUGAAAAGACAUUUCGGAAAAUAUUGCGAGACCCUCUUGCUUUACUUGUUGCCCGUACUAAUUAUUGUAAUAGCUUCUUUAGUCUUGAUUCUAAGUAUAGUGCAAUAUUGAAUGAUGAUGAGAAAUUAAAGAGAUAUUUAGAUGAGGAUGAACUAUUUAAAAAAGAGAUUUUGUGUCCUGGAAAUGACUUUUGGGGUAAUAUAAGUGGAACACAUUUGAGGAUGGCAAAGGAAAGAGGACGUGCAUGGAAAGAAGCAAAUGCGAAGGAACUGGACAACAUAGCGCGGGCUGGACGAUAUGGUAAAACUGAUAGCUGGAAUCACAGGAACCAAGAAACUCCACGAACAGAACGUAGAAGGAGAGUGGAAAAAACAUUUGCGGAUCAUCCACAUAUUACUGAACUAAAGAAGGGUGGAAACUACUACAGAGUGAAAAAAGCUUUAGAAAAUCCUAGGAUGUUUGAAACUUUAUUACGAAGCAACGAUGCAGCCCCAGAAAGUAAUCCAUUGAGCCUUACGACCUUAGACCCAGAGGUCAUCAAACUGGCUAAAGAUCCUGUCCUUCUCCUUGCCCUGCUACACACAGAGUAUAGUCUUCUUAGUGAUUUGAUGAAGCCUGAAAAUCAAGAGUUGUUGAUGAAGGUCUUUGGGGAUGCCAAACAGAAGUAUCCUUUACCAGGUGGAGGGUAUAUAACAAAGCCAAGCAGUAGGCGAGGUUAUCCAAUGGGGAUGUUUCAUGACCAUGACAUGAUGAUGAUGUUGGACAUGAUGGGAGGUCCUGACCCGAUGAUGAUGAGGAGACACAUGAUGGACAGCGAUGAGGAUGACGAUCAUCCGACAAUGGGAGGGGGAUUAAGAGGGCUUCAUAGAAUCAAGGAAAUGUUCAAACCUUCUAGAAAAGAUCCAAUCAGCAUCAUGAGAAAUAUGGCUAAAACAAAUGAUAGGGAAAAAAGGGAAGCUAUGAGCAUGGGAGAACAAUCUAUAAAUAGGGAUAUAUUUUCAAGGAAAAGACCUAUGUUUUCUCCUUUGAUAAGAACGCCCUCAGCACCUGCGACAGUUACAUCCAGUAAAGCAGAAAAUAAAAACUUGUCUUUGGAGGAGACAAUAGAGAGAAACGAUCAAAUGACAGUCAAUUUAGCGCCCUCUAAUGAAGAAAGGGAGACCCAAACGACACUAAAUUUUGCGCCUUCUAAUGCAAAAAUCCCAAAGCUAAACACGGCCAAAACCUCUCAAACACAGAACGCUGUAAAUACAAACAAUACAAAAACUAGAGAAAAAACAGUAAUCCAGGACAGUGUUUCGUCUUUAGUCAGGGAUAGCAGCAUAUUGGAAUCAGGGGAGAUAAAUACUGGGACAGGUCGAGAGUCACCAGAGGAAGGUCAAGAACAGAUUGUAGCAAUCAAGGAAUCUACUUGACGCAGAAGUCGAUCGAUGAUUGAUUUUCGACAAACAAUCAAUUUACCUGAUCCAAAGGAAUUCAGCUAUCGAACUUUGGUUCAAUUUACACUAUACCUUGCAGGUGUUCCUCUACUGAGCUGAAUCUGAAUUUCUUACUCCUAGUACAUUCAGUUGUAAAUGUGUGAUGAAGCCAUUUUAAUAAAUAAAAAGUCCCA